GUGCAGCGUUUCCAGAGCACUACUCCAGAGUCUUAACCGCCGCUAUAUUCAUAGUGGGGAACUGGAAAUGACAACAAAAAAUGGAUUCAAUUUUGAAAAGAAGGCUUGGCAGUGAUUCGGUAUUUUGUUAGAUAUUCUUGAUAUUAUUAUUUAUAAUUGUAUAAAAAAUAGAAGUUAAAACAUAGGUUGUUAUGUUGUAAGGUAUUUUGGGUGCGUUAGGAAGUGAUUAACUAAACAAUUUAAAAAAUGGCUAAUUCAUGCUAUGUAUAAAUUUCUAAAUAUAUAUCGUUUAUUGGCACACACUAGCUAUAUAAAUGCAUUCACAAAUUUACACGUCUGCGAAGUUUUAUAACAAUUAUGAUGGCAGUUAAUUGUGUUAGCUGUGCUUGAAGCUGAGGGAGCUGUCAGCUUUUUACCAGCAAAGGCCAACCUCAUAGUCAUACCCAAGGGUUCUCCUGGGUACAAGGUUGGUUAAAAGGCCAGCCUUACAAUUAGAAUUCCAAUAGAAAUUUCUAUUGGAAAUUGGCCCAAAUUCCAAUUGGAACCAAUUGGAAUUCCAAUAGGAAUUUAAAUUUUCAUAUUGGAAUCCAUUCAACUCGGGACAGAAAGAUUUACUUUAAUUAGAAAUUACCCUAAAUUCCAAUUGGAUUUUUUCCUUUUUUUUGGGGGGGGGGGGCAGAGAAAAUUACACAGGGCCCUUUCAACAACAAGCCGAAAGGUUAUCUGCCCAGUCUCUUAUUAACAGCAUUAAUGAACGAGCAAGACUCUCUCCUUGACAAAUAAAAUCAUCUAGCAUUAGACAGAGUAAAAUAAUAAAUUAUCAUUAACACUAUUCUGUUCGAUGCAGGCUUAUGAAGACAUGAAAUCAUGUCAUCGGCAAGCAAGGAUUUCUGGAAUAUCAUCUUUUAUUAUUGGUAAAUACUAAACAAACCAAUAGUCAGUCGGUCAGUUUGUUGGUUAGCGAGUUGGUUCCUUUAAGCAGGCCUGUCAGCAAAUGUCAGUGAGAUAGCCCAGUCUGUUUGUCUAUCUGUGUAACUGUAUUUCAGUCAGUAAGUUUGUUGGUUGCAUGGUCGAGCAGGUCGUCUGCCAAUCUGCUAGCAUGCAGUCAGGCAGUCAAUCUGUUGAUCUGUCUGUCUGUCACUCAGUUCAGGUUAGUCAUUAAGUUUGUUGGUUGAUCAAGUAGGCAGUCAGCCAAUCAGUUAAUCUAUUGAUGUGGUAUUAGACAAUGUACAAAAUAAUCUGGCAUUAGACAGAGUAAAAUAAUAAAGUAAGUCACAUUUUUGGGGCAUUGCAGCUUAAUUAAUGGGUUAACAAUUUUAAUCAUGAUGAUAUAAUUGCAUUUUAGGGAGUGCUGCUACAUAUGUUGUGUUGAAAUUGACAAAAACCUUUAAAAAACAAUCUAAAUACAUACCACUUGUUUGUUUGGGUGAGUUUUGAAAGUUUCCUAAAUUGCACCUGCAAUCAAUCCAUGAUCCAAGCUGAAACCCUGGCCAUCCUACAACAGGAUAGACUUAAUAGCAUUGAUAACAUUAUUCUGGCAAGGUGAAGGCACUGUAACGAAUUGAAAUAUCAUUUCAAACGUGAAGAUCUGGUGUAGGUGGUAUAUUCUACAAUCUAAACUUGCUAAAAAAGAUAUCUAGCUCAAACGUUGGAGUCUGUGGGCAUGGUUUAAUUGUGUCUGAACUACCUGAAAAAGAUAUCUCAAACGUGGUGGUCCGGUGUCUACAAUAAGCUGCCAUGGUAGUUGAACUAUCUGAAGAAGCUUGACCUUGUGAGUGAAAGCCCUACAGAUUUAAAUGCUUUCUUUAGGUGUCGGUGCUUGCUGUGGUUAUGUAAAGUCAAUUAUGGUCAUUCAAGAGUAUAAUAAUAUGCUGCAACAAUUGCAAGGUAAAAAUUACGUUGAUUAUCAGAAAGUUGAAGAGUUGUAGCAGUCUUACUGCCAAACAAAGGAACAAAUGAACGAACAGAGAAAGGAAGGAGAAACAAACGCAAAAAGUUCACACCAUGAAGAGAUUGAAAAAAAACUAACAACAAAGAAACAAAAGACAUACACUCAAACACACAUAACACAAAGAAUGACAAACAAACAAGUAAAUAAUAAAAAAAAACAUCAAAUCAAACCGAGAAUCAAACUAUGGUUCUAUCAGAAAGGAUUCUUCUAAAAUUCUUAUUUUAUAAAUUUUGUUCAAACUAUUUUUGUAUUUCAAUUUAGCUUCAAACAACUUGGAUAAUAAACACGCAACUAUCACAAACUCAAAUCAAAGUGGCACUUCAGCAACACAUUCAAAAUACGGUGAUGAAGGUUUCUACCUGGAUGAAAAAGGUUCCAAAUAAUACGACACUCGAUACUAUGGCGAAUUUUGUAACAGGUGGCUACAUUUACUACUACGGAUAAACUGGGUUCUGUGACGACAGUGAGUUUAUGCAUGGUCAAGUAACAUAUUAAGGGUUGCUGCUUUUCUGACUCUUGAAUUUUAAAGCUACAGAUAUUUAGAAUAAUACUUACUCUGACUUGCGAGGUUGUACUCAAUCAUGCAAUACGAUUCUACCUAAAGAAUUUUGGAACCCUGUACUACAUGGCAUUUGCUUAAUAUCUAUUAUUUGUAAAUAAUAAUGUACGGGUUCUAAAUAAAGUUUGAUUCUUCUACGAGAA